AUGCCAAUUUCUCUCUUAAAAUUCCCAACCGACCUUCUUCGAGAUGUGCUCAAGCAGUGUAAUCCCUUUGAGCUGUUUGGUGAGGAAAUAGAAGAUGAAGUUAUGAUUUACGACGCAGUCAGAAUCUGUAAGGAAGACGGUAAGAAGGCGUGGUUGAAAGUGGUGUUAGGAGACGUUCCAAAACUGAGAUUUUUAAUGUGCAAGCCAGGUAAUACGUGGGUAGAAGAAAUAGAUUUGAGUGAUUAUGAGGAGGAGUCCGAAGAUGAAGUGUAG